GCCUAGCGGGCUCGAGGCCGACGCGACCAGGUUUCGUUGUUGCCGCCGUCGUUGUCCCGAGGAGCCGUCGCGGCCGUCUCCGCCGCCCACUUUGCCCACCAUGUCCGCCCAGGCGCAGAUGCGGGCCCUGCUGGACCAGCUCAUGGGCACGGCCCGGGACGGAGACGAAACCAGACAGAGGGUCAAGUUUACAGAUGACCGUGUCUGCAAGAGUCACCUACUGGACUGCUGCCCCCAUGACAUCCUGGCUGGGACGCGCAUGGAUUUAGGAGAAUGUACCAAAAUCCACGACUUGGCCCUCCGAGCAGAUUAUGAGAUUGCAAGUAAAGAAAGAGACCUGUUUUUUGAAUUGGAUGCGAUGGACCACCUGGAGUCAUUCAUUGCGGAGUGUGACCGCAGAACGGAGCUUGCCAAGAAGCGGCUAGCAGAGACCCAGGAGGAGAUCAGUGCUGAGGUGUCGGCCAAGGCAGAAAAAGUCCACGAGUUGAAUGAAGAAAUAGGAAAGCUGCUUGCUAAAGCCGAGCAGCUGGGUGCAGAGGGGAAUGUGGACGAAUCCCAGAAGACCCUCAUGGAGGUGGAGAAAGUCCGUACAAAGAAGAAAGAAGCGGAGGAAGAGUACAGAAAUUCCAUGCCUGCAUCCAGUUUUCAGCAGCAGAAGCUGCGUGUCUGCGAGGUCUGCUCAGCCUACCUUGGUCUCCAUGACAAUGACCGACGUCUUGCAGACCACUUUGGGGGCAAGUUACACUUGGGGUUCAUUCAGAUCCGGGAGAAGCUGGACCAGCUUAGGAAAACUGUGGCUGAGAAGCAGGAGAAGAGAAACCAGGAUCGCUUGAGGAGGAGAGAGGAGCGAGAGCGGGAGGAGCGGCUGAGCAGACGGUCUGGAUCAAGGACCAGAGACCGCAAGAGGUCACGCUCGCGAGACCGGCGUCGGAGGCGCUCGAGAUCGGCCUCCCGCGAGCGGCGGAAGUUGUCCCGGUCCCGGUCCCGAGACAGAUACCGGCGCCACCGGAGCCGCUCCCGGAGCCACAGCCGGGGCCAUCGCCGGGCCUCCAGGGACCGGAGCUCGCGGCACAAGUUCUCCCGAGAGCGAGCUUCAAGAGAGGAGGAGUCCUGGGAGCGAGGGCGGAACGAAAGGGGCACCACGGACUGGAGGCUCGAGGGCUCCAACGGGAAGGUGGCCUUGCGGAGGUCGGAGGAAAAGGAGGCCGGCGAGAUCUGA